AUGGCCACUUUUUUCAUGGGCUCAUUGGGCAAUGACAUGAAUGGCUGGGAAAAGAGGCUGACUGACUGUAUGGUGCUCCUACUGUGCUUUGUGCUCCUGUGUGGGGUUGUGGAUGUCACCAGAGGUUUGAGUAUCACUACUUCUGAACAGAGUAUCAAAAAAGCUAAAGGGGAAACUGCUUAUCUACCAUGCACAUUUACACUGAGUCCCAGAGAUGAUGGACCACUGGACAUUGAGUGGCUACUAUCCCCAUCUGAUAACCAGAAUCAAGUGUAUCAAGUGAUUAUUUUGUAUUCUGGAGACAAAAUUUAUGAUAACUACUAUCCAGAUCAGAAAGGACGAGUACAUUUUACAAGCAAUGAUGUCCAGUCUGGUGACACAUGUAUAAAUGUAACGAAUCUGCAAUUAUUGGAUAUUGGCACAUAUCAGUGCAAAGUGAAGAAAGCUCCUGGGGUGGCAAAUAAGAAAGUCCUGCUGACAGUUCUUGUUAAGCCUUCAGGUACAAGAUGUUUCAUGAAUAGAUCAGAAGAGAAUGGAAAUGACUUCAAACUAAAAUGUGAACCAAAAGAAGGUUCCCUUCCACUGUGGUAUGAAUGGCAAAAAUUAUCAUACUCCCAGAAAAGGCCUACUCUGUGGUUAGCAGAAAUGACUUCACCUGUUAUAUCUGUUAAAAAUGCCAGUUCUGAGUAUUCUGGAACAUACAGUUGCACAGUCCAAAAUAGAGUGGGCUCUGACCAGUGUAUGCUACAUCUGGAUGUUGUCCCUUCUUCAAAUCGAGCCUGAACGAUUGCAGGAGCUAUCAUAGGAACGCUGCCUGCUCUUGUGUUCAUCAGUGCCAUCCUCUUUUGCUGUUAUAGAAAAUGUAGAGAAGAGAAGUAUAAAAAGAAAGUUCAUCAUGAUAUCAGGGAAGAUGUGCCAAAGAGCCAGACAUACACUGCCAGGAGCUACAUUGACAGCAACCACUCCUCCCUAGGAUCCAUGUCCCCUUCCAACAUGGGAGGGUAUUCCAAGACUCAGUGUAACCAAGUCCCCAGUGAAGACUUUGAAUGCGCUCCUCAGAGUCCAACUCCAGCACUCACUAAGGUAGUUGCCCCUAAUCUUAGUCAAAUGGGAGUGGUUUCUGUGAUGAUUCCAGCACAAAGCAAGCAUGGGUCUAUAGUCUAG